AUGUUAACUGGAAAGAUCAUACUGUUGCCCAUUAUGUCAGCGUUUUAUUCAAGUGUUUUUAUACUGGUGUAUGCUAGCGAGAUUUUUGCUGUAGUUUCUUGGAGAUUUUCAACAACAUUCAAUAAGUGGAAUUACACUUUUGAUCCAUGCAUAUUAUUUAAUCAACCUCAAAAUCCAGAACGAAGUUUGGGAGAUAAAUGCCGAUACAUUGUAAUGUGUAAAUCUAAGAUAUCCAGAAAUCGUAUGUACAAUUACGCUGUCGGAACAAAAGAACAUUCUAACAUUGGGAAUGUGUGGUUUCCGUAUUUGAAUAAAUACGUCCUCAGUGUAUCGUACAAAGGAUUGAAGUCUCAUCGAAAACUUUGGGUUCAUGUUGCUUUGGUUUGCGAUGCUGACCGAAAGGACCCGGACGAUGGAUUAUUUCAAAUAUUGACAGAUGAGCUGAAGAAAGAUAUUUAUGCCGAGCUGAGACACCGGUGUGCCUGUAUCAAUGGAUGUGGUAAAGCUGCUGUUAACUUCACUCGCCAAGUCCUUAUAUCAACAAACGUAACGGAGAAGGCCGUAUCCGCAUCCAGCGAAAAGGAUGGCUUGCUGACUGGUUUAAUAGUAGGUGGAAUUGCCUUGUUGAUGGUUAUUGUUCUCAUUGUCGGGCUCUGCCACAGUUCAUCGUCAAUUAAUUUUUACCAAAAACUUCCAACUAAAUCACGAAAACGAGAAUCCAUAAAAGCACAGUUGGAUUACGAACCCCAACUAGCGCAGUCAAAGAAGCGGGAGUUGCCUGUAAUCAAUUGCUGUAUCAUCCCGGCCUCUCAGAUUGAGACGGGUAAAAGACUGGGUGGUGGUAUUUUUGCUGAUACCUUCGUUGGUCAAUGGGACUCUUGGACUGUGGCUGUGAAACGGUUAACUCUAGUGAUUCACCCAAACCAAUUAUCAUCGUCCCUAAUUGAAUGGAUGAAGAAAGAAGUGAAUUAUUUCAGGAAGCACAGACAUCGAAACAUUGUUAGCGUUUUAGGAUUGUGUCUCGAAACCCGUCUUCCUUGUCUUAUGGUCGAGUUUGUGGAAGGUGUUGCUCUAAGGGAUUACAUGAAACAUAACUACAAUUGUAUGACAUGGCCUCUUCGAGCAAGAAUCGUUGCAGAUUUUGGAAUAACAAAACUCCUACAGCCUUUGCGGGAAGAGUGCAACAAAGAGGAUUGUGCUUGUCAAAAGCAUCUCAGCGCAUGCGCUCCUUCUGUACGGUGGACUGCGCCGGAAGUUCUUCGCAAUCCCAGAGCCAGAGAAGAAGAUCGCUGCUUUUCCACGGCAUCUGAUGUUUAUUCAUUUGGUGUAUUUAUGUGGGAGUUAUUAUACAACAAAGAUCCUUUCUACGAAAUAGACAACGAAGAAAAGGUAUUAAUAAGUAUAUUGAAGAAUGUUAGACCAGGACUAAAGGAAUCUGUGGACUACCAGCCAGAAUAUAAAGAGCUUUUCCAGUAUUGCUGGAAUCAGGAUCCUCAGAAACGGCCGAAGUUCAAAGAGGUUGUGGCGAAAUGCAAGGAUAUUCUGAAUCAUUCAAGGAAUUACCAAAAGUCAAUUCGUCGUAGACACGAAAGCCUAAGAGAAAGCACUACAUCUAGCGAAUGUAUAUAAUAGAAACAUCCACAUUGCUCAACAGUGUAAUAACAUACGGAAUCUACGAAUCAAUGAAAAGUAUAACGAACAACUUGAAAUGAAUCUAAAACCCGGUUGCCUUCUCUCAACAUAAAUCUCUGAUUGUUUUAAAUCUAAACUUGAUCGAUGCAUUCUUUUUGAAAAUAAUUUCUUUUAUAGGAAUCAAUUUAAUUCUGCAGGGCAGUAGAUAUCGAGAUGUAUAUUUCUGCUACUGGUAAUUCUUCUAAUCCGCUUGGGAAUCAUGGGUGCAAACGGUUCCUUGCCCUGAUUCACAUUCACAAUAUAUUGGUAUAUUGAUUCAAAAGGUGCUGGUGUAAGGUAAAUAAUCAGGAAAUCUAUUGUUUUAAUCAAAGUAUCCCUUCCUCUGAGUUGGUGUCUUCAACAACAAAAGUGUAGUGCUGUGAAUUACACAGAGGAUGAGUUUGUGUUCGUUGCUCAAAAGGAUUGUUGAAAUGUAUACCAGCAAGAUGCGUAAAUCAGUUAAACGAAGUCUACAAUACCCGCUGAAAAAUUGGCUCUGUGCAGAGAUACAGGCAAUUUCUAUUGUGAAAAAAAUCUAUCUCUAUUGACCACUGACGUGAAGGUUUAUUAUAUUUUAUAUGCAUUGUCACUACGUGAACUCACUAAAUAUUUCAUUUUAUUUACGACACUUAUGCCCUUGGAAAAUAUUUGAUUGUUACAACUACAAUACAGGAAUAUCUAUUUCCGUUAUUUAUUCUAACAACGUAAACGGAUAUAUCUACAUUUGGUGUAAUCAUGGCAUGCAUGUCUUUCAACAUACACUACUAUUUUGUUUAAAUAGCCUGGUCAAAAAAUCUAGAAAAUCAAACAAUAUAAAAUAUCCAAGGAAUUAUGAGAAACGAAAUAAAAACAAGAAAAAAGAGUAAAUUGUAAAUUAAAUUUUUGUGCUUUAAUGAAGAAUCAUAAACAAAUUCCACGUUACGACGUUUCGGGCAUUGGACCCUCUUCAAGAAAAGGUAAGGGAAUGUAAAAAGGAAUGACACACUAAAUCAAUAUUACUGUGUUAUAGGAACCGAAUAAUGUUGAUCUGGAUAAAUUGGCUAUAGUUUUAAAGUGAGGAUAUAAAUCACGGACAAAAGGUUUGAAUUUUGGUUUACUAUGUGCAACUGGAGUAGAAAAAUAAUCUGUAUAUAUUGAAUAAUUCUUAUAUAGUUAUGACAUUCAUGUUAUUGUUACUGAGAUCCUGUAACCAAUUUGUUUGUGGCAUAUUGUUUCCAAUAUAUUCUCAUAAAUCCCUAUACAUUUGGUAAUGACUCGCCAGAUUAUGUGAAUGGCCUUAAGAAUUCAUUAGUUUUCAAACAUCUGAACCAAAUAGUAUUUCAUUCAUAAAUACAUUUUGUAUUAUACAAUCUUCAUUGAUUAUUUGUUUGCAAUUAUAUUAUAUAACCUAUGUUGAUACACAUAAAUAAAUAAAUAAAUAAAUAUAUAUAUAAGGUAUAAAACGUAAAUUGAA